AUGCCUUCCUCUUCUAAACAAGGUUCGGGUAGUGUUAAUAUAAAAGAUUUCAAGGUCGCCAUUCGUGCUUUGGGCUUCGAGCCUAAAAAGGAAGAAUUAAAUAGCCUUCUAAAUGAAGUUCAUGAUGGAAGUGGAACUAUUGAUUUUGAUAACUUUUCCGCAAUAGUUUCUACAAAAAUGUCAGAACGUGACGUACAUGAAGAUUUCAUGAAAAUAUUUCGACUCUUUGAUGAUGACGCAACCGGGAAAAUCACCUUCAAGAAUUUAAAACGUGUCGCUAAAGAGCUUAAUGUAGAAAUUAGUAAUGAUCAAUUGAAAGAAAUGAUUGAAGAAGCCGAUUUGAAUGGAGAUAAUGGAGUUGAUGAAAAUGAAUUUCUUCAUAUUUUACAAAAAAUCAAAUUUAUAUAA